GCCAAGUGUAUGGGUAAGUAUGUGUGUGUAUUCCAUCUACAAAGAACUACCAUUACGAAUUUUCUUUUUUCCUUCCCAUUUUGCAUAUCCCACCUUUUCCACUUCAUGUAUAUAUAUAUAUAUAUCCGCCUUGGAAACUCGACCCACUCUACACUAGAUGCAUCCACCCAUGGACCAUAUACAGCGUGUAGGCCCGAUUACACGCAACGAGCCCAAAAAAUUACCAACCAACCAUUGCAUUAUCUAUUAAACAGAAAAAAGGAGUGUCGUAUAUACACGUAUAAACAUGUAGAUGUAGCUGGGGUAUCAAAGGAAUGGACAGCCGAACAAGCGCACGGUAAAAAGAACCCAGAAAAGAAAUUCGUGUUCGCGUUUGUGUGAAGAAGAGAUGAGGGGAAAAGAUCAGAGGAGGCAAAAAAAGAUAUGUACAAUCUGAAGAACCAUCA